CCGGUACUUACAAUUUACAAAAUUUAAUCAUAUGCUGCGUGUGCUGCGGCCGUUAUCGAGGCCGUUCAAAUUUGAGCAGGCGUGGUUGUAAUUGGUCUCGCCAUGCCGGAAAUCCCCGAUUUGCAGCACUACCUUGGAGAUCUGGAGAGUAAAGACAAGGCUUCGCGAAUUCGUACGCUCAGUCUACUGAAAGACAAGCUGACUUUAGCACCGGGAUCAUCGGAUGUUGGCGAUCACUCUAUGAAUUAUAAUCUGAUAGACGCUCUGGCUAAUAGGCUCGUCAAUGAUCCUGCAGAACGAUGCAGAGAGCUUUCGCUUACCAUCAUAGCCGAGUGUCUCCGUGACAUGGACCCCGCAAAAAUCGUGAGGUCAGCUCGCUGCAUAGUCCCGGCAGCUGCUGAGAGAUUCGGAAGCCAGCCGUUCAGAGAACCAGUAGAAGAGCUUAGGCUGAAGUGCGCACGCAUGGUUAGUUUCUUCGCUUUGAUUGCCUAUUUCUAGGCUCAUUGAGACAUGCACUAAAAUUUUGCAUCAAGCUGCCUCCGAGCUUAGUUAUGAACGUAGCCACCCGAUCACGGACAUUUUGGCAUUUUCCCUUGUUUCCGCUCUGACAGACAGAUUCCCGGAGGGUAAACGAGCCGCUGCGACCGCGAUCAGCAACUUGUGCCGCAUUGCCCCCUGGAGCAUUAAUCUUCAUUUUGUAGCCUUGAUGAUUGAACUUAGUACAAACCUGUCACAUCAACACGUGGGUCAUGCAAAUGAGUUGUUUUGAAAAAGGCCUGCCUGGCUUUAGGCAAAGACGCGUCUUCUAACUCUCGAUGCCAUUGUGGAUGCCUACUUGACUGUGUCGCAGCAUUUGCUCCACAGCAAGACUCUUACUGCUCUUUUUAGGUCACAUGUGUUUCGACCAUUUGCAAUGCGCUCCCACAUGUGUUUCGCCAGGUGCUUGGCUUUUUUUUUAAAAUUACAUUGCUGAUGUUCGCAUUGGCAGAUUGUCCUGCCGAAACUCGGGCGUAUUUGCAUGGAUCGAUCCAAAAAAGCUCAGGCCCGUGUAGAGUUAGAAUGGACCCUUGUUUACUUUAUGCCAAUGCUCAGGUGCGAGUGUGCUUUGCUCGCUCCCUGGGUGUCUGGCUAGUGCGAGGACUUGACUGCAUUACAGUGGCGGAAGAAGCGAUUGGGAAAUCCCCAGGGGCGCUAGUAAACGCCGGUGUAUCCACAAAACUCGCCCCUGCCUAUUAGCAAUACUCGCAUAGCAUGAAUUUGCCUCUGACUUGCUCGCUUUUCUCUUCAUGCUCCUCUCAGACGAAUCUCGGGAAGUUGCAGCAAGGGCAGUUUCUGAGUUGAAUGUCCCUCCUGUGCGGGGAUUGCUACCUUGUUCUCCAUUGCGAUAUUUCUUAGGCAGUAGGCAUACAUUGGCAACUAGCCACCUCCAAAAGUAUAUCAAAGUGGUGCGUUGCGGAACUUCCCCUGCCGUGUGUUCCCUCUGUUCUGCCCCGUGAUUUUGCCUGCAAUGCUGCAUAUUUGGUAUCCAGUGCUGCUACAACGCUUGUUACACUCCACUUUCAACCUAUCUUGAAUAUCCAGCUCGCCUGGUUGAGUUGUUGGAUGCCGCCGAUGCGUCUGAAACAGUGUGCAUGUCACAUGUUCCACUUGGGCAUUGUACCAAAACCCAAUUUACAGGGGCUCAUAAUCUUCACGCUCUCGCAUCAUUGAUUAUAACGUCAGGGGCUGCUGUUACCAGUUCUGUGCUUUUCUAUGAUAGCAGGCACCAGAAUAAAUUGUAGGUCAAUAGUUCAUUUCAAGUUGGGAAGCUGAUUCAAACCUAUGGUGAGUUGUCUACCCGGGUAUAUGAUAUGUUAGCGCUUCAGCUCUAGGCAACUGGAUUAGUGAUAAUGAUGAAGGCGUCCAGGGCGGCUCUCGGGCAGCCAUUCGGGCAUUGGGUGCGGUUCUGAUUGAUCAUUCUCCAGCACUCCGUAUACUGCUUGACUUUGGAACGCCCCCCUUGGCAGGUGCAGACGAUUAAAUAUCUUACCCCGUGCUGACUUCGAACCCAUAGCCGUCAGAAAUGAUAGCUUGGUCAAUGUAAUCUUGGAACAUUUAAGUGAGAUGAUGACGCUUAUUACUGAUAAACUCUUUUUCCAACAGGGAGGGUGAGUGCUCGGCGGAUAGCCUCUUCUGCAACAACAAUGGUCACCUUAUUCUGCCACUUGGCAGAGGUCUCUGCUGAACAGCGAGCAUCAUGCCCCAUGCCGUUCAACGCUGAUGCUGCAGAUAUUUGCCUUUGCUACGCCGUGCGGAACCUCCUCCGUCAGUACAUCUACAAAUGGGGUUUGUUUCACCAUGCUGUCGCAGGUUUACGGCUUGAGUUAGAUGAGCUCUCACUUGCAAAACUCAUGCGUAGUCUGCUCCUCCUACCAUCAUUCACUAAUGCGUUCUUACCAACUUACACGCAAGCAAGCCCAAGUUCCAACUACAUGGUGAACCAGAGCCUAGUCAUCCUCCUGGCGCAUUUUGGUCAAUCUUCUCGAGCUGAUUUUGUUCAGAUUUCUUUUGAUGCUGUUAUUGGCUUGCUUCCAAAACCAAAUCCAUGCUAUGAGAUCCACACUGUGUCAUGGCUCCUUUUAAGUGCGCUGGUACAUAUUUGUCCAGGAGCUGUCGCCUCUGUCUUUGACACCGUCCUAGCUCCAAUCCUUUUGGUGCAUGUGCACCCAUGCUCUAAUCCAAAUCCAGAAGCGCGAAUCAAGGCAUUAAGGUAAGGCCCCAAGACUAUUGCAUAAAGCCUCAAGAAUACUUUUAGCCUCCUACACACUUUGAUGUGCGCAUUGGAUGCGCAAGGGAAGUUUAGCGAAUUUACCAUCGCAACGUUGAUCGAAAGUAUGUUUCAAAAAGAACACAACACACCCGUGCUUUUAACUCGUGCCUUUGAAAUAGGUGCUGUGCUUCCUAAUCUAGUUUGGUAUACUGGUCGCACCGCAAACUCAACGCGCAACCUGCACAGUCACCUAGGGUGAAAGCCAAGAUAUAUUUUCUAAAUUUAGGUAAAGCUGCACUUGCUGUGCUACACGGAGUGCUCCAUAGUGCCCUCACCCCCUCAACGGGACUAUCAAUGGAGCAAACCGGGAUUCAACCCAUUUUGAGAUUACUGCCUGUUCUUGGAACAAGCUUGGAUGAGUACGACACUUCAUCGCGAGAGAUUUCCUUGAGGUGCGUUUACAUCUUACUUAGCAGAUUUCAGCUUCAAUCUGAACUUGCCUUCCCUCGGCCCUGCAUCUGGACAGUUGCCUUACCACCUUGCUUAAUUGCCUCCCACCAACCAGUCUUCAGCUUAACAGCGUUUUGGAAUUAUAUCCUGCUAUCGUGAAACGCCUCGAUGAUUCGCUAGAUGACAUUAGAUUGGAAGCCUGCGCCACAUUUUCUGCGUAUGUAAAGUGUAUAUCUCCCGUUAUUGCUCUUAUUCUCUUAUUCUGCAGAUUUGCCAGGGUGACACCGCCAAACGCGCUAACAGAGACAAUCCUUGAAUACUGUAUUGAACACUUUCUAGUUCAUCUCGAUGAUGCAAAUGUAAAUGUUCAGAGCGCAGUCUUCCAGGCUCUUCUGACUAUUGGAAGCGUGGGGCCCUUGGCCAAAGUCAUGCUCUCGAGGAAAGUCAGUGAAAUUAGUUUCUCCCAUCGCGAUCCGGCCCUCGCUAUUCGACUUCUGAAUGUGCUUAAUCUAAGCUAACGAGGAGCAUGCUUAAUCCACGCACGCACUCGAGACCAUGCACGUGCCUGUCGCGUUUAGACCACUCCUCCCGAUAAGGACGUAAUCGAGAUUUGAACUCAAUUCCAAUUGUCCGGCAGCCUCCAUGAAUCCGAAACAAAAAGAAACAAAAAGUCCUGCGAAGUUCAACGUAAAGUUGAAGUAGAGGCAGGAGGGUAAAUUUAGCAAAACCCGCCAUCUAGUGUUCUAGAGCGCCCAAAAGCCACAGGGUUAAACGCGCGAAAUUAGGCAAAAUGUGGUUCCGGCAGGCCUCGGCCUGUGUCUUGGGGGGCC